AUGUCCGGGGCCCCGGUGCGGGUGCUGCUGCUGGGGCCGGUGCCGUUCGCGGAGGCGCUGCGGGUGCAGGAGCGCUGCGUGGCGGCGGCGCGGGCGGCGCGGGGCCCGGCCCCCGGCGCGGUGCCCGCGGAGAGCGUGGUGCUGAGCGAGCCGGCGCACCCCGUGUACACGUGGGGCUUGCGGGGCGCGCCGGACGCGGCGGCGGCGGCGGCGCUGCGGGCGACGGGCGCGGGGCUGGUGGCGGCGCGGCGCGGCGGCCACAUCACGUUCCACGGCCCCGGGCAGCUCCUCGCCUUCCCCGUGCUCGAUCUGCGCCGCCGCCGCCUCCCGCUCCGCGGGUACGUGGCCGGGCUGGAGGCGCUGGUGCUGCGGCUCUGCCGCCGGCUCGGCCUGGGAGCCGCCCGCGCCCUCCCGCCGCCCUUCACCGGAGUCUGGAUGGGCGACAGCAAGUUGUGUGCUAUCGGUGUGCACUGUGGCAACCACAUCACCUCACAUGGGCUGGCACUGAACUGCUGCACUGACCUCGCCUGGUUUGACCACAUCGUCCCCUGCGGGCUGGAGGGGAAAGGUGUCACCUCGCUGAGCCACGAGUUGGGGCGGCACAUCACCGUCGACCAUGUCCUGGAGCCCUUCCUCGACUCCUUCCAGGAGGUGUUUGACUGCACCUUGGACUUUUCAGGGGAUUAGGACUGUCGUGGUGCCUUGGCCUGGUGUUUUGGCAAAGCCAUGGCAUGGCUGAUGGACAUCGUGGCAGCCACCUAGGGCUUUGUUGUGAGACGAGCUCUUGUGCCUUUGCCUGUAGACUCUGCCUGGACGGUGGCACAGAGGUUUAGGCUGCUGCUUAAACAUCCAAACCUUCCCUGGGGCUGUUCUCCCCAGGCCCCUGGGACUCCAUCCUUCAGCUGAGACCAUCCCUGUGUCACUUGCUGGGGAAAUACCCAAAUAGGUGCUUUUGUGGUUUUUUUCUGCUGCUCUCCCUGCAAAAAUCCAAAAUUUAGGUGAACACUCAUGCACCAGCUGGACCAGAGGAACAGGGACUGGUGGGUUGAGCAUCCUUCCCUUGCUGAUGGGUAAAAAGAGGCAGAUUUUAUAUAAAGAGAGUUGCUGGGAA